AUGACGAGCACAACGAGCAACGAUAAAAGCAAAAGCACGCUGCCAGAGCCUGCGAUAUCCGCGUCAGUGCAAGCCAUCAGCGAUUCAGUGGAUAACUUGAAAUUGAAGGACAAGACUGAUAAGUCAGAUUUGGAGGAAGGCGAGAUAAAGGAGGAGGAUAUAAGCCCAGAAGAUAUGAAGACGGUGUUUGAUGAUGCUACAGGGUUUAACGUUAAGCACCCACUAUUCAACGCGUGGACGCUCUGGUUCGAUAAUCCUUCGAAAAAGUCAUCAGGCGCUCACAACUGGCUCGAUGAUACAAAAGAAGUCAUCACUUUUGACUCUGUUGAAGAAUUCUGGGGUCUUUACAACAACAUACUCCCGCCAACUCACCUUCCUCAGAAAGCUAACUACUACCUCUUCAAGCGCGGUAUUCGUCCUGCUUGGGAGGACGAAGCUAAUGCCGACGGUGGUAAGUGGAGUGUCCAGUUCCCUAGAGAGAAGUGGAGAGACAGAAUUGAUAGACUUUGGUUGGACACUAUGUUGUCUGCCAUUGGUGAGACUCUCGAAGGCGACCUCAGCGAGGAUGCAACCAAUGAUCUCAUUACAGGUGUAAUCAUUUCGACUCGCCCUAAUUUCUUCAGAUUGGCCAUCUGGACAAGACAGACGACCUCUGUUAACACAGAACUCACCCAGGAGGAGAAUGAUCUGCAUGAGAGGAUAGAAAGACUCGGAAAGAUAUGGAAACACGAUGUGCUUGGUUUCACUGAAGGCCAGAAGUUAGGUGGUGGAUUGGCUACUGAAGUUGAGUUCGUCGGUCACAAGGAGGGUGAAAGGAAGCAGAGGGCUAGAGGUAAGAUUGUAGCAUGA